UUAUUAUAUUCUUUUUCAAAUCUAAUUAUGCAUCACCAUCAUACUCAAGGAUGUCCCCGAUUUGGAUUCCGGAGGAUUUUAAUGGAGUUUAUAAAUCUAUCAGAAUUCAGGUGUUCCUGAUUUGGAUUUCUGUGGGGUCCUGGAUUUCUGUGGGGUCCAUGAAAGGGUGUCCUCAAACAUUCUAUGGAUUUCUAUUGCUACUUAUUUGGAUGAAUUUUAAUGGAUUUUGAUGGAUUUCUAUAUACAAAAAUAUUCCACCACAAAUCUUGUAGAAUCCUUCAGAUUCCAAUUGCAUGUCCAGCUCCAUUGAUUUGCUUGACAAAUGUUCACUUUCCAGUGCAAACUUAUAGUGCCAUAACAGUAAGCCCAGGAUUGGAUAUGGCUAUCAGAAUGAGCAAGCUAAGACAACUCGGCUGCAGGGAGAUAGGAGCGAUGUCGUGCUUUGGAGAAGAUUGGGCAAUGAGAAGGGGCAGGCUCUAUGUAUCAGACUCGCUUUGGUGUUUGAUUGUCUCAGGAAGUUUCACAAAUCGUUUUAGAAAGCAAGCUAAAUUGGGUCAUACCUUGAGGGAGGGAAAUUGGGCUGCUCACUUCCUUGCUGCGGCCUAGGUUGAUCAGAUCCGGGUUUUUCAUACUCCAAAGCAGCUGCCAGCAUGUGCUAAACGGGGUUACUGGACGGAUUUCUUUGAGCUUCCAUCUUUUAGAUUUUAAUACUUAUUGUUUUUUAUUUUCGGGUUGUCUUUCUUUGGAUGCACUUUGUAAAGCUCUAUCUAUUAAUAAUAAUUUGGUAAUUUCUCCCCGGCAUUUACCCCACCGAUUUUGGUGGUUUGCCUUCCGGUGUAAAAAAAGACGAAUAUGUUGUUACAUUUCUUGCAAC